GCCGAACUUUGCGCUUAUUGUUGUUGCGCAACGAUAAUAAUGGCGUCUCUCCUUCUCACAAGAACGGAGCUGUGUCACCAGGACUCAGAGAGCCCAAUCAGCGAGGAGCUGGAGCUCUUGAGCAACGUGUACACGGAGGAGAUGAAGAUGUUGAGAACAGACGGAGAGACUACCAGUCUGGAGUUCCACCUGACACCCAGUACUGCCGAUGAUAAGGAGCAACAGUUCGUGUACCUUGACCUCUGUUUAGGUAUCCCGGCCACGUACCCUCAGACUCCGCCCACUCUGAAUCUGUUGCAGUCUCGGGGCUUGGCCGAUGCUCACCUAACCAAUAUUCGGGAGGGGUUGGUAGAGCUUUGUUCAGAGCUAGUGGGGAGUCCAAUGGUGUACCAGAUGGUUGAGUGGGUGAAAGAGAGCCUCACAAACCACAACAGACCCUGCGGACAGUGUGCCCUGUGCCUCUCCGACUUCACGGAAGAGGAGGUUGAGUUCAGAAAGACGGACUGUUACCAUUAUUUCCACACUCUGUGUCUACUGCGAUACAUCGACUACCACCGGAGACUGCUGGCCGAUGAGGAGAGGGAGGAGAUGGGGAGAAGGAAGGGAAAGAGAGAAAGAGUGCUGGAGUGCCCUGUCUGCAGAAACACCAUACCAAAUAGUAACACUACCGAAAUUUUCACAGCUGUGUAUAUAUACUUUUAAUGGGCCAUGUUAUAUAGUUUUAAGACAUGGAAAGUGUUUCGUGAAAUUUCAAUUAGCCACAGCCUCUAUUUGUUAGCAUAGCAUGGCAUAUCAGAGCAUAGUCAUCCGUGAUUUGACACUUAGUGUUUUUCGCCUCCAGACAGUGUGUGUGUAAGAGGAGAGGGAGAGGAGAGGGAAGAGGAGGAGGAGGAGGAGGAGAAGUUUGUCUUUGUCCCCAGUUCCUCUCUCCGGCAGUGGCAGAGUCAUAUGGCUGCGAUGCUGGAGCGACAGAAGGAGAGGGGCGGAGUCAUUGAUCUGAGUGAUAAGGACGCAGUGAUAGACGAGACAUGGGUCAGAGCCCCGCCCCCUACCGAUGACGGCAGAACUAAAGUCGAGACAGCCACAGUCCCAAGUUCAGACCAACACUCCGAAUCUUCCCCGAGAGAACCUCAUUCCAGAACCACUCACUCCAGUUCUCCACAAUCUAGAACCACUCACUCCAGUUCUCCACACUCCAGAACCAGUCCACACUCCAGAACCGCUCACUCCAGUUCUCAAGACUCCAGAACCAAUCACUCCAGUUCUCAAGACUCCAGAACCACUCACUCCAGUUCUCAAGACUCCAGAACCACUCACUCCAGUUCUCAAGACUCCAGAACCACUCACUCCAGUUCUCAAGACUCCAGAACCACUCACUCUAGUUCUCAAGACUCCAGAACCGCUCACUCCAGUUCUCAAGACUCCAGAACCGCUCACUCCAGUUCUCAAGACUCCAGAACCGCUCACUCCAGUUCUCAAGACUCCAGAACCACUCACUCCAGUUCUCAAGACUCCAGAACCACUCACUCCAGUUCUCAAGACUCCAGUUCUCAAGACUCCAGAACCACUCACUCCAGUUCUCAAGACUCCAGAACCACUCACUCCAGUUCUCAAGACUCCAGAACCACUCACUCCAGUUCUCAAGACUCCAGAACCGCUCACUCUAGUUCUCGAUACUCCAAAAGCGCUGAAUCCAGUUCUCCCAACUCCAGUUCUGAACCAAGAAUGGCAUUGAACCCACGUUCUGGAUCCACCAGCUACCGAGGCUCCCAACGUGGGAAACCUCGCGGUAACAGAGACUCUGGACCAAGAACCAAGUACAGAACCCAAGACCCAUGUUCUGGAUCCAGAACUGGGGACCCUGGUAUGGGAACCUGCCACUGGCAGUCAAGAGGAGCUUCCAGAGAUUGGAGGAGUAGAAAUCAGAAGAGGACUGAGAGGGUGGAGUUUGGAGAUGGGGUGGGGCAGAUGGGUGUGGCCACAGGGACUAGUGAGAUUGGUCAUAAUAGUGGAGGUCAGUUGAGGAGAGGGGGAGGCAGGGGACGGGGAGGAGGAGGAUGGAGAAGAGAGAGGGAGAGGAGGGAGGAGGGGAAGGUGAGAAGAGAGAAGAGGGACCAUUGGAAUGGCGGACCG